AUGGCGAACCAAACUCCCGCCGUUGUCAUGGACAACGGCACGGGCUUCUCCAAGCUAGGUUUUGCCGGAAAUGAUUCCCCUUCGUUCGUCUUCCCUACCGCCAUUGCGACCAAGGCCGGAGCUGGUGGGGGCGCCGGAGGAUCAGGAUCGGGUCGUCCCUCCGUUGCCAACAAGCCCUCGUUCCUUACCGGAGGAGCUGGUCCCAGCGGCCACCUCAACUCAAAGCGCGGAACAGAGGACUUGGACUACUACAUUGGCGAUGAGGCCAUUAGCGCCGCGGCCGGGCCCGGAUAUGGCCUCCACUAUCCCAUCCGCCACGGUCAGAUUGAGAACUGGGAUCAUAUGGAGCGGUUUUGGUCAAAUUCUAUCUUCAAGUAUCUGCGAGUCGAGCCCGAAGACCACUACUUCCUUCUCACCGAGCCUCCGCUGAACCCUCCCGAAAACCGAGAAAACACGGCCGAGAUCUUCUUUGAGUCUUUCAACUGUGCCGGAAUGUACAUUGCCGUGCAGGCCGUCCUUGCCCUCGCGGCGUCGUGGACCUCAUCCAAGGUCUCGGAUCGAUCGCUGACCGGUACCGUCAUCGACUCUGGUGAUGGUGUUACCCACGUCAUCCCCGUGGCCGAGGGCUAUGUCAUUGGGUCUUCGAUCAAGUCGAUUCCCGUUGCCGGCAGAGACAUUACGUACUUUGUCCAGUCUCUUCUCCGAGACCGCGGCGAGCCCGAUUCGUCCCUCAAGACAGCCCAGGAGAUCAAGGAAGAGUACUGCUACGUCUGCCCCGACAUUGUCAAGGAAUUCGCCCGAUACGAUCGCGACCGCAGCCGCUUUGCCAAGCACGUAGUGACCCAGCCCGGUGGCCGCCAGGUUACCGUCGAUGUCGGUUACGAACGGUUCCUGGCACCCGAGAUCUUCUUCAACCCCGAGAUCUACACGUCCGAUUUCCUGACCCCGCUGCCCGUGGUUGUGGAUGGCGUCAUUCAGCAGUCCCCAAUUGACGUUCGACGAGGUCUAUACAAGAACAUUGUGCUCUCUGGUGGAAGCACCCUCUACAAGGACUUUGGAAGACGAUUGCAGCGAGAUAUCAAGCUGCUUGUGGAUGCCAGAAUCCAGGCCAGCGAGCAGCGCAGCGGCGGCGCCCGCAGCGGUGGACUCGACGUCCAGGUUAUUACACACAAGAGACAGCGACACGGCCCCUGGUUCGGCGGCAGUCUGCUCGGUCAGACUCCCGAGUUCCGAUCUUACUGCCACACCAAGGCAGAGUACCAAGAAUACGGACCUAGCAUUGUGCGAAGAUUUGCUCUUCUUGGUGGCCCCGGCGGUUCAUAG